ACUCCACCUCUACUUCUGGGUCUCUGGCACGACACAACCCAUCAUCCCUGCUGAGGUUCAUAUCCUUCCAUCCUCCAUUUUCACGUUCCUCUGUCUGCUGCCCACCAUAACAUCUCCUGUUGGGCUUCCUCACUCCCUCCACUCCCGCAUUCCCGUAUCUGCCUUUGUCGCAUCACCUUUUCACCGCUGACAAAGCCGUUGGGUCGCCAUCGCCACGGUUCAUCAUCACCAUCCACAGCCUGCCCCCCACCGAUUGCUGCAUGCCCACUGCCAUCUCGAAUCCGUCCUUCAACAUCUCGCCUGAAUCCUAACCGAAUCUUGCUCUUGCAACUCCUCUCGCCCCCUUUCCUCCCACAAACACAGUGUCAUGAAAAAUGGUUGAAUCAGAAACCGGAACUCCCACUUGGAAGUUCACCCAGUGUUUUGGCGACAAGGGCGACGUCGAGGAUAUCACCGAGGCCGACAUCAUCUCUACCGUCGAGUUCGAUCACACUGGAAACUACUUGGCCACUGGUGACAAGGGUGGACGUGUGGUCCUCUUUGAACGUAAUGAAACUAAGAAGACCUGUGAAUAUAAAUUCCAUACCGAGUUCCAGUCCCACGAACCCGAAUUCGACUACCUCAAAUCCCUCGAAAUCGAAGAAAAGAUUAACAAGAUUAAGUGGUGCAAGCGACAGAAUGCCUCCCAUUAUCUCCUUUCUACAAACGACAAAACCAUCAAACUUUGGAAGGUCUUCGAAAAGUCCCUUAAAGUCGUGGCCGAGAACAAUCUUUCUCAUGAACUGACCCCUGCUAACUCAGCCGGGGGAGGUGGUGCUCCACGACCAGCAAACCGUUUCAAGAAUGCUUCUGAACUCAAACUCCCCCGAAUGACCCAUCAUGAUACUGUCGUAGCUGCCGUGCCGAGGAGAACAUAUGCAAACGCACACGCUUAUCAUAUCAACAGCAUCUCCGUCAACAGUGACGGCGAGACCUUCAUCAGCAGCGAUGAUCUUCGCAUCAACCUUUGGAAUCUCAACAUCCAAGACCAGAGUUUCAACAUUGUCGACAUCAAACCCGCCAACAUGGAGGAACUCACCGAAGUCAUCACUGCCGCCGAAUUUCACCCCCAGAGUUGCAACUGGUUCAUGUAUGCCAGCUCAAAAGGCACCAUCAAGCUGGCAGACAUGCGAGAGAGUGCUCUCUGCGACCAACAUGCGAAGCAAUUUGAACAAGAGGAAGACCCUGCGUCUCGUUCUUUCUUCUCCGAAAUCAUUUCCUCCAUCUCCGACGUUCGCUUUUCUCACGACGGCAGGUAUAUCCUAUCACGAGACUACCUGACGGUCAAGAUAUGGGAUGUAAACAUGGAGAGGCAGCCCGUCAAGACCAUCCCCAUUCAUGAACAUCUACGUCCUCGUUUGUGCGAUACGUACGAGAACGACAGCAUCUUUGAUAAGUUUGAAGUCGUCUUCAGUGGGGAUGGGAGCAACGUCAUGACUGGAAGCUACAACAACAACUUCAUGAUUUAUCCCUCCGACCCUGAGCAAGAGACCGAAGUCGUUCUUCAAGCCGACAAAUCAGCCUUCAAGGCUAAGAAAGUGGGAGUGCCCACUCCCAUUAACGCAACGAGUCCUAACGGGACCAAGAAGGGUGGAUCGAGAGCUGGCAGCCCAGCUGGAGGAAGCACUGGUCAAGGUAGUAGGAUGAGGAAAGAGACUGAUGCUGAUCAGAUCGAUUUUAACAAGAAGAUUCUUCACAUGAGCUGGCAUCCAUUCGAAGACAGUAUCGCCAUUGCCGCCACCAACAACCUCUUUGUCUUCUCGGCUCUUUAGGUACCUGCACGGCACUCCGCUCCAUCCAUUGCAUUUCUCCCCUUGCAAUGAUCCGGUGCGUGCCCUCUCUUAUUGCGUUCCUCACCAUUUCCACGCACAUGGCGAUCUCGAUCCCCUCCACCCGAUGUCGACGUCGCCAGCAGCACUCGGUACCACACAGGGCCCUCGGAGUCGUUGUUGCGCCGGGGAUUUCAGGCCCUGCUACAGACCAGGCUGCCGUAUGCAACGAUGCCAGAUGAUUACAAGAUUGAACGUCUCACGGUGUUGGUUUUUUGCACGAAUGGAAACAUUGUCUUAUGGCUUUGACAUGGUUGGAUUUGCAAUGGAUGACGCAUGAGACUUAGACGGAGCUUGGAGCAACAAGAUUAGAUGGUCAACAAAGACAUGCCCACCAAGGGACGAGACUGAAGAACCACCGAUGCGGGCCACAUGACUGCAUCGCCAGCAUGUAGAUGAGGGCCGACGGGUAGGAUGCAUUGGCGGCUGUGCAUGGUGCAGUGACGGUAUUGGGAGCCGCGCACGGCGCAGGGCAGCAAUGCAGCUUCAUAACCCCAGCGAGACCAAAAAGCACGUUGAGAUUAAUCAAAAUAAGAGACCAAGAUCAUCGUGACUAGCAUGUAUAAGGUCUUCGUAAUUAAGCAAAAGGGUAUCGUCUAAACUUGAUUGUGUCC